CAAGACACCCACCCAAGCACCAACGAAAUCCCAACAACAGCACCAGUCCAGUCCCAACAGUUACUCCAGGCAGCCCUGCUAAGUCUCCAACAAAAAUACCAACAACAGUGCCAACCCCGGUUCCUACGGUAUCUCCCACCUCAAUCCCAGUGGCAACUCUUGCUGACCUCAGGAAUGCAAUUCUUUAUGGUCCCUACACAGACGGAGACUCUCCCUAUGGUGCCAUUGAGACGUGGGAUGUUUCACUUGUCACCGAUUUCUACCAGCUUGCACAGUCAAGGACAACAUUCAACUAUGACAUCUCCAAUUGGGACACCUCAAGCGUGGGUCACAAGAAUGGACAACAUGUUUUAUGGAGCCACAACAUUCAAUGUCAACCUGAACAGCUGGGAUACCUCCAAGGUCACAAGCAUGAAUCAAGCCUUUUAUGGAGCCUCAAAGUUUGAUGGAGACCUCACAGGAUGGGACACUAGCAAGGUAGUGGACAUGUACCGAAUGUUUUACAAUAUUAGAGUAUUCACAGGAACUGGUUUGGCAAACUGGAAUGUUGGCCUUGUCACCAAUUUCAACUAUGCCUUCUACUACAACACAGCCAUGAACGCCAACCUAGCGAGCUGGGAUGUCUCAAGUGUUCAAGAUUUUUCAGCCAUGUUCUACCUUUCUGGAUAUAAUCAGCCUGUGUCCACCUGGAAUGUUGGCAAUGGACUGAACAUGGUGCACAUGUUCCGCCAGAGUAGUUUCAACCAGGUUGUUUCAGCGUGGUCUAUUUCAAAGGUGACAAACAUGAACUACAUGUUCUACUACACCACCCCCUUCAAUCAAGAUUUGUGUGAUUGGGGUAACAUCAUUGGAAGUGCAGCAAACCCAACAACCAGUCCCUCUGAAGUACCAACCCCGGUUCCUACGGUAUCUCCCACCUCAAUCCCAGUGGCAACUCUUGCUGACCUCAGGAAUGCAAUUCUUUAUGGUCCCUACACAGACGGAGACUCCCCCUAUGGUGCCAUUGAGACGUGGGAUGUUUCACUUGUCACGGAUUUCUACCAGCUUGCACAGUCAAGGACAACAUUCAACUAUGACAUCUCCAAUUGGGACACCUCGAGCGUCACAAGAAUGGACAACAUGUUUUAUGGAGCCACAACAUUCAAUGUCAACCUGAACAGCUGGGAUACCUCCAAGGUCACAAGCAUGAAUCAAGCCUUUUAUGGAGCCUCAAAGUUUGAUGGAGACCUCACAGGAUGGGACACUAGCAAGGUAGUGGACAUGUACCGAAUGUUUUACAAUAUUAGAGUAUUCACGGGAACUGGUCUGGCAAACUGGAAUGUUGGCCUUGUCACCAAUUUCAACCAUGCCUUCUACUACAACACAGCCAUGAACGCCAACCUGGCAAGCUGGGAUGUCUCCAGUGUUCAAGACUUUCAAGCAAUGUUCUACUUUUCUGGCUUUAAUCAGCCUGUUUCCACCUGGAAUGUUGGCAAUGGACUGACCAUGCUGAACAUGUUCCGCCAGAGUAGUUUCAACCAGGCUGUUUCAGCGUGGUCUAUUUCAAAGGUGACAAACAUGAACUACAUGUUCUACUACACCACCCCCUUCAAUCAAGAUUUGUGUGAUUGGGGCGUCCCUACGAAGUCCCCGACACAAAGCCCAUCAGAUGCCCCUAGCAUUGCACCUUCCUUGGUCUAG